AUGAUUGAACUGCAGAAGCUUUCGUGCCAAUUACUGCCCCUUCAAGAAGUCAUCAAUGAUAUUCGAAUAAUCAAAAACGAUAUUUCAGAUCUACGUAAAUCUAACAACAAUAUGCUAGAAAAGCUUGAUAGCUUUGAAAAAAGACUUCAAGUAGUUGAAAAUGCUGAGCAAAAAAUAUCGUCUCUAAAGGAACAGAUAAAUAAGAUGGAAGCAGAAAUUAAUGAAAAAGAUCAGUGGCUUCGAUCAAAUAACGUCGAAAUCAAGGGAGUACCAUUUAAACCUGGGGAGAAUCUUUUUGAUAUUAUAACUAAAUUAGGAUCUAUAAUAACCUAUCCUGUUUUGAAGAGUAACAUUAAUUAUGUAACACGUGUCCAGACGCGAGAUGCUGGGUCGAACAAGACCAAGCCUAUUACUCUUUCUUUUAUCAACAAAUAUAUGAAAGAAGACUUCAUCGCGGCUUCUCGCCUGAGUAAACAUAUUUCUACGGAAGAUAUUGGUCUAAAAGGAAACACCCGUAUUUACAUAAAUGAUCACCUUAGUUAUUCCAAAAAGAUGCUGUUGAAUAAAACUAAAACUGCUGCAAAAGAAAAAAACUACAAAUACGUAUGGGUCAAGCACGGGAAGAUAUUUGUGAGGAAAAUCGAUACAUCGCAAGUCUACAAUAUAAAAUCGGAAUCGGACCUAGUCAAGCUGCGUUAA